UAUAAUUCAUUAUUGUUAUUUAAGUAGUCAGGUAGUUAAGACUUCUGGUGAUAUGGCUCUCUAGGGAAGAACUUGGAGCCCCCUCAUGUAAGGUAUACACUGAGAGGCACACCUUUUAAUUCUAACCCAGGACCUCUGGCAUUGAACUUUCUUUGUUUCAUGCACUUAAACCUCCCUCCAGGUGACUUUGGUAGCGCCUGUGGUGGGAUUCUGAUCUCCCUCCUCCGUGUGUGUCCCGGGGUCCUCCUUCCAGGAACAAGACUUCUCACUCUUCAGAGCGAUUCUGUCUGACUUCUGGUCAUGCACCUUUCUGUCCUGGCUGGCUUGGAACCUCCCUCCCUGUGUGUGCAAAUCCUCGCCUUCGGGAGUGAGAUCUCUUCCUUCUUCGUGUGACAUUGAAUACUACUCCAUUUGCAUUUUGGCGAAGAGCCGCUGAGUUUAGAUCAUAGAUGAAAUGUGACAGUCGCUGUCAUCUGUGAAGAGGACAGACUAAUCGGAAAGAUCCAGAGAGGGUUCACUAAAUUGUGCUCUACAGCGGACUAAAUUGGGCACAGACAAGAGACAGGUACAGUGAAGCAACAGGUAGAAGUGACAGGUUCACAGAGCGGAGUUUCAAGUCAGCAAGGAGAUUGUACAUCAAGAGAAAGAACAAGGUCAGGUCUAGCUGACAUGUCAGGGCUGGAGAAAUGGAUGUUCCUGGUUCUGUCUGCCACCGAGUUCAUUCUGGGGAUGCUGGGGAAUGGGUUCAUAGUGUUGGCCAGUGGCAGCAGCUGGUGCAAAAACAAGACAGUCUCUCUGUCUGACUUCAUCAUCACUAACCUUGCUCUCUCUAGGAUCGUUCUCCUGUGGAUUCUCUUGGUGGACGGUGUUUUAAUGGUGUUCUCUUUCAAAGUACGUGAUGAAGGGAUAGUGAUGCAAAUUAUUGAUAUUUUCUGGACAUUUACAAACCACCUGAGCAUUUGGCUCGCCACCUGUCUCAGUGUCCUCUACUGCCUGAAAAUUGCCACUUUCUCCCAUCCUGCAUUCCUCUGGCUCAAGUGGAGAGUUUCUAGGGUGGUUGUAUGCACGAUUUUGGGUGCCCUGUUCUUAUCGUGUGUCAGUGCCCUAUCUCUGAUCCAGGAAUUUAAGAUCUAUUCGGUUCUCAGGGGGAUCGAUGGCACAGGGAAUGUGACCGAGCACUUUAGAAAGAAAAGAAAUGAAUACAAAGUAUCCCAUGUUCUUGGGACUCUGUGGAACCUGCCUCCCCUAAUUGUGUCUGUGGCCUCGUACUUUCUGCUCAUCCUCUCCCUGGGGAGACACGUGCAGCAGCUGCAGCAAAGCGGCAUCAGCUCCAGAGAUCCAAGCACUGAGGCCCACCAGAGAGCCAUCAAAAUCAUCGUCUCCUUCCUCUUUCUCUUCCUGCUUUACUUUUUGGCCUUUCUGAUUACAUCCUGCAGUUAUUUCAUACCAGGAACUGAGAUGGUCAUUAUGAUCGGAGAAGCAGUUACAAUGUUUUAUCCUGCUGGCCACUCAUUCAUUCUCAUUCUGGGAAACAACAAGCUGAAGCAGACGUUCGUGGAGAUGCUGUGGUGUGAGCCUGGCCUUCGGAAGCCUGGAUUCAAGGGACCUUUUACCCCCUAGAGUGACUGAGGGCACAGACGAGAGCCUGGGAGUCCUUUAGUCUGGCUCAAGGCUAAGGGCUCCUCCUGAUCCUUUCGUGGCACCAAUUCUGUGACACAGGAGGAGAGAGACGCGACUACAUUGUGCUAGCCCACUGGGGACAUGUCUCUUGGCUUUUCUUUGUGUGGUGUUUUGGAGAGGGUGAAACAGUCUCUGGAAAAUGUCAGUAUAGUAGGAACACUCACUAUAUAGAUGUAGAGUUGUACUUUAAUAGCUAUCAACCUAAUGAGCUGAUUCCUAGCUUUAACUUCAAGUUUAUAUGGACAGUCAUGAGCUAAUGUAACUAGGACAGUGUAAUGGAUCUGCGGGGAAGAGAAGAGGCUUUGCAGUUCCCCAGACUUGGGUUUGAAUUCUGGUUCUAUUUCCAAGACUUUUGGCCGUUGGUGAGUUACUUUCAUUUACUUUCUGAUCCUCUCUUCCGUCAUUUUAAAAUGCGGACGGUGACACGGACUUCACAAUUCAGGAGGCAGCGUGGCCUGCGUGCUGUGUAGAGCCUUCGCUCGGUGAAGCGGGCAUCUGACAGUGAAUUGUACAGCAGGAGCAGUUCCCGCAGGAGAUGAGUUUCCACACGUCCUCUGUGUGAGGACAAAAGCAGCGGAAUGAGAAUCAAGACCCUUGGCCAGUAGGCUCCAGUCCAGUCCCGUGGUGGUGAUUUCCCUUCAGGACUCCUGGUGUUCCUUUAUUGUUUGGCUGAAGUAAAUUGCCAAGUAAAUUUUUUUAUUUUUGGUUAGGGCAAAAGUCCAAGCAGAUUUUCUUUUUUAA